AGUGUAACGUUAGUCAAGUUCGGUUGACUGCAGGUGCAAGCAGCACGCCACCAUUUUAGGUACUGUAAACCUGUUGCAUUACAGUUUGUCGGAUCAUCAAGAUAAUAGUGAGAUCAGGUAAUACCGGCAGAACGAUGGACUGCUUUGGACUCGUGACUGAAAGAAAGCUGCCAGUUCCUCUGAAGAGCAUCAGAGUUGAGGUGCAGGUGAAGAGUCAUGUAGCUACAGUCACCUCCACUCUGCAGUAUGUGAAUGAGGAAGAGCGCCACCUGGAGGCUUUGUUUGUGUUUCCUCUGCCUGCUGAUGCUGCUGUCUGUCACUUCAGUGCCAAUAUCGGAGAUCAGGAGAUUGUGGCAGAAGUUCAAGAUAGAGAAACUGCGAGGGAUGAUUAUGAUGAUGCUGUGAGUUCGGGUUGUCAGGCGUUUCUGUUGGAAGAGAGUGAAGAAAGUUCUGAUGUGUUCAGUCUGAGUGUUGGGAGUCUGUCACCGGGUCAGAACGCAGACAUCACCAUCACAUACAUCACUGAGCUCUCUGUGCAGGCCGACCACUCGCUGCGCUUCUGUCUGCCUGCUGUACUCAACCCCAGAUACGCACCAGCAGGUUCAGAUGCUGGAAUAGUUUCAGAGAUUUCGUCAUGUGUCUCUGUUCCCUACACUUUGACUCUUAGUGUUCAUGUGAGCUCUCCAAACCCCAUCUCCAAACUAGAGUCCAACUGUACUCUGGAUCCUCUUGUGUUCCUCAACUCUGAUCACACUGAGGCAACGGCGAAUCUGAGUUCUGGUCACAAGUUUGAUAAAGAUGUUGAGUUGUUUCUGUACUAUCAGAAUACCCAUCAGCCCACUGCUAUAGUGGAGGCAGGAGUGACCACUGCAAAACCAGAUUCUCAAGGACAAGCCCUGGAUGAAGUGAGACACAUUGAUGUGAAAUUAAAAAAAAGGCCCAGACGUCGUGGUCGUAGGCUUUUGUUUUCUAGACGCAAGAGGAAGGCUGUUUCUGCUUCAUCACAAGCAAGUUCUUUGAUGAGUGACCCAAUGGUGAUGAUAAGUUUGUACCCCGAAUUCCCAAAGGAAGUGAUGUCGUCAUUACCAAACAAAGGCGAGUUUAUUUUUGUUAUGGACAGAUCAGGCAGUAUGGACUGUAUGAUGCAUCAUGGGAAAGGAGCAAAGACGCGCAUACAAAGUGCAAAGGCAACUCUAAUCCUGCUGUUGAAGAGUCUGCCAAUGGGCUGUUACUUCAAUGUCUAUGGAUUUGGCUCUCGUUUUGAGUGCUUCUUCUUUUAUCAGAGUGUUGUGUACAAUGAGGACACAAUGGACAAGGCACUGCAGGCAGUCAAUAGAAUGGAAGCAGACUUGGGUGGCACAGAUAUUGUACCGGCUCUCCAACACAUCUACAAUCAACCUUGUUACCCUGAACACCCCAGACAGUUGUUUGUCUUCACUGAUGGAGAGGUGAGGAACACUAAAGAGGUUUUGGAUCUUGUGAGAGACCAUGCUCAAUCUCACAGGUGUUUCUCAUUCGGGAUUGGUGAGGGUGCAAGUACCGCCCUCGUCACAGGAAUGGCCAAAGCGGGAUCUGGACACGCCCAGUUCAUCACAGGCACAGACCGCAUGCAACCCAAAGUGAUGGAGUCUCUCAGGUUUGCUCUUCAACCUGUAGUGAACAAGAUCUCCGUGAAGUGGAAAGUACCAGAUGGCAUUAAGGUUAACACACUGUCUCCACCUGUCAAAAUGCUCUUCCAGGGUCAAAGGUCACUCAUUUAUGCCCAACUUAAAGGACAGAGUUCAGAAAGCUCUGAAGGAUCAGUGAUUGUUCAAUACAACCUGAAAGAUCAACCAGUGACAAACCAGCUUCACUUCUGCCUUAAACCAACCGAGGACACUGGGUUGUCUGUCCACCGGCUGGCGGCCCGCUCUCUGAUUCGCUGUCUGGAGCAGAGGGAGAGGAAAAGAGGUGGAAGGGUGGCGAACAUCAGGAGGAGGAUGGUGGAGAUCAGUGUUGAAGCAGGAGUGAGCAGUGUUCAUACAGCCUUCAUUGCCAUUAAUAAACACAACAGAGAGGCUGUGAAAGGACCUCUGAUACAGAGAAGAGUACCAAUACAAGUGAUGAGACAUGAUACUUUCUUUCGUCCAGUGAUGCGUGGUGGAGGAGCCCCGCCGCCUUAUUCUCAUGAACAAGCUAUUGCUGAAGCGAAAGAAAUUGAUGAUUUUGGUGUCGAAUUAGAAGAAAAGCCACAUAGUCGUCAACGUAAGAGGAAGGCAGAUUCUGCUUCAUCACCAUCGAAACCUAAGCCUCAGAUGGGCUCUUCACUCCAGCUGAUUACUCUACAAAAAGCUUCAGGCUGCUGGGAACUGAACGCUGCUUUGGCCCGAGUGUUUGGAAAGACUGAAGAUGAGCUGACCAAUCAGAAACCAGCACAGGUGGAUGGGUCAGUGUGGGCCACUCUUUUGUCUCUCAUCUGGUUAUACGGCUAUAAAAUACAGCAACAGAUUGAGUGGCAGUUUGUGGCCAUGAAGGCGGCGUCAUGGAUCGGCUCUCAGAACGUGGUCAGUCUGUCUCAGUGUGUGUGUGAUGGGAAUCAUCUACUGGGAUGUCAGGUGAAAGAAGAAACUUUGGGAAUCUGAAGAAUGUGUUUCUGCUUCAUAGGCUGUUAGAAGACCAAAUAUCUCUUAUUGUUUAUUUAUUCAAUUUUAUUAGCUGUGUUUCUGUUCUUAAUUUUGUUUUACCUUAAAAGUAGUCACUUUCAGUUGGUUAUUAGAGAUGUUAAGAAAAAAGGCUUAAGACAAAAUUGUUAAACAAAUAACAUGCAGCCUAUUUACAGUAUGUCAUCUCUGCUUCUUUAGUAGGCUAUUUAGUUCUGGAUACAUUUUUUGGAGCAAGUCAGUUGUCAGAAUUAUAAAAGCUAAAUAAGUGUUUUUACUUCCUUUAUGGUUUAUGUAAUUACAUGUAUUAGCUUUUUGGUGUUAUGCAAAAAAGAAGUUAUUAUACCUAAAUAAAAACAAACAUGUUUUGGAGUUA